UACGAGGUGCAUGUGGUUGAUAAGAAAAUGGUUGGCGAGGCAGGGACAUCAGCUGCUCGCCCCAAGGCUCGCGGUGGUUUCAAGGGUGACUCUGAUGUUGUUAGGGAGAUUCAGGUUCAAUUUGAUCAAGCUUCAGAAGCUGGUGCUGAGCUUGCUAAGUUGCUUGAGGUUGGAAAGCUUCCCUAUAACCGUAAACAUGCCACAUCUCAAGUUUCUUCAAAGAUGUUUCGCACAAUUAUGCCUUCCUCCUCUUUGGAAUCAUCACAACCUUCUACAUCAAAUGCCACUCAGACUGAGAUGGCCAAUCGUGCUAUAUUAGAUGCAGAAGGAGAUGUCAGUUUCUUAAAGUCCAAAAACCUUUCUUCUACAUUACAGAAGCUGUACCUUUGGGAGAAAAAGCUGUAUGAAGAGGUUAAGGUAUUUUUUUUUUCUUUCUUGAGUCUGUGAUUCAUUCCAUUUCCAGUCCUUUUUGCUUUACCUGUUAUAGCAACCAUCUUAUGGAGAUUGCCUUUUUGGGUGUUUGAAUGAUGAAUGUUCUGUAUGUUGUUCAGUAGAUCUUUUAGAUGCUUCUUACCAUGUCAUGCUUUCCAU